ACCAUGCUGCUCCUAGGUUACAAUGCCACCAGCGAUGGAACGAUGCGUAUGACGACUCCUCGUUGAUUUAAAGAAACAUAAAACAACAACAGUGUAUACACCAUGUUGUAAAUAGCCAGGACAUCUUUCUUACUGCGUCGAUUGAAAAUGCACCGCGCGUUCUCCUUCCCCAUCACCGUUGAACGAAGUCGCACCAAGGACCGUCUGGAGGCGAGCCUUGCCGGGAUAUGCGAGUUGGAGCUCCGCAAGCAGAGGCAGGAAUGCCUGGUCCUUGGGGCGCUAGCUCUUGGGGACUCCAUGCCCCAGAAUUCAUACAAGAGUGAUAUGGCAUGUUUCAGCAACUGGGGCCAGGAAAACUUGACAUUGAGGCGUCAACUGAGUGCCCUCCAGAAUUCCCCAUGGGGGCUGAUGCAGGCGUUGGAGAAGCAGGUGGGAGAGCUGAGGAUCGAUCCAAACAAUGAGAGCUACGAAGCAGCCCUGGGGGAUGCAGGGGACAGCCGGCCCAGUUCAGGUUUCUAUGAAUCCAGCGAGGGUCACUCUCCAAAGGAAACGUUUGAGCCCACAGACCCUGGCUCUACCUGGGCCUACAGCAGUGAAAGGCCCAAAUCUCUGGGAGACGCUCUCAUGCUGAGCGCGGACGACGGCCAGGACUCACCGGCGGCACGCACCUCCCUGCCCCGCUCGUUCUCCGCGCCCUACCCCCCCCUGGAGGGCAUCGCCGAGGAGGGCUCGUCCGAGGAGCCCUGGCAGUGGGAGUCCCGCCAGGCCGCGGGGCAGCAGCCCUCCCCGGAGGAGGAGCGCCGGGUCAGGGAGGAGGACUACCGGCGGGCCCUGCGGGUCGAGGGCUACAUCCUGGGUCUCAUCCAGCAGCACACGCUGUCCCCGCCGCGGCCCUGCCAGCCCCGCACCACCCUUAACCCUGACCUCCUGUACGGCCAGCACAGGAGGACCCCUUCUCACACUCCCGAGCGCCGCCUACUUGACCCCCGCGCUGACCUCUCCCCGAACCCUGAGAGCCAGGCCUGGGGUGGUGACCUGCUGCCGGGGGAGGCCCCCUCUUUAGAGGAGGACUGCUAUCUGGCAUUGCCCUACCCCCGCCCAAGGCCCCUCUCCCUGGCCGGAGGGCUUCCCCCACCUCAACUGCCCACCCUCCGCCCCAGCUGUGGCACUGGGACGCUGGAUCUUUGUUAUCGGCCCGACUCCCCUUCGCACUCCCCGUCCCCCCGCUCCCCGUCUCAUUACAGCCAGGAGUUGGUGUGUGCUCAGUACAUCCCUGGACAGGGCUGCCACGCCCCUCUGCAUUCACCCAGUCACUAUGCCCCGGGUCAGCUCAAGUCCGGCCUGCUUAUCACAUCCCCUGACCGGCCUAACCAACCCGCCAAGCCCAGAGGAUCUAAGAAGAGCCACGACAAUGAUGGACCGGCCUCGAGGAAGGGCAGCACUAAGGCCAGCAGGUCCCUGUCCGAGAACAGCCUUCUGGGCCAGCAGGGGCCGCCGGAGCGCCGGUACAGCACCACAGAGAGGCCUCAGGGCCGGAAGGAUCCCGCCCUCCAGCAGGCCCAGGGCAGCGGCCCGGGGACCGCCGGGACCGGCCGCCGCUGGUGCUCCAACCUGGAGCUCAGCCAGGACGAGGGGGAGACCCAGACCAAGGCCGGACCGGGGCAUCGGCGGCCGACACGAAGGGCCCGCCAGGGCCCCGCAGCAGCCCAGCCUCAACCUCGCGCUCAGCAUCAUCACCACCAGCACCAGCGCAGCCACAGUGCCCUGCCUCAGCCCCCAGACUGCCCAGAGAGAGCCCCUAUUUGUCGGGGAGAGGGGGGUUCCGCCGCCAGGGCAGCCCCUGGAGAAUCCGAGUCCAGCAUGAGCGAGGUGUACUCCCGCGCCUCCAGCUCCCUGUCCAGCGACUCCGACGAGGGCGGACUGGUGUGGCCCCAGCAGCUACCUCCACGUCUGGCUCCGUCCUCCUCCUCUUCCUCGUCUUCUCCCCAGGCCUCGGCCGACACCGCCUCCGCCUCCGCCCAACCAAAGGCCUUCGUCAAGAUCAAAGCCUCCCACGCGCUCAAGAAGAAAAUCCUGAGAUUUCGCUCGGGAUCGCUCAAAGUCAUGACCACGGUAUGA